AUGAUGAAUUCUAAUGCAUCGCAUGCCAACCACCAUAGUUUUAUUUUGACAGUGUCCAUGGCCUUUGACAGAUUUGUGGCUAUCCGCAACCCACUACACUAUGCUUCCAUCCUCACCCACAGCAUCAUUGGCAAGAUUGGAAUAGCUGUCCUCACCCGGGCCAUCUGUGUCGUCUUCCCUGUGCCCUUCCUUAUAAAGCGGCUGCCCUUUUGCCAUUCCAACGUCUUGUCUCAUUCAUACUGUCUCCACCAAGAUGCAAUGCGGCUAGCCUGUGCCAGCACCCGUAUCAACAGCCUCUAUGGCCUCAUCAUAGUCAUCUUCACAUUGGGGCUAGAUGCCCUCAUCAUUCUCUUUUCUUACGUGCUCAUCCUGAAGACUGUGCUGGGCAUCGCUUCCAGAGCUGAAAGGCUCAAAGCCCUCAACACCUGCCUGUCUCACAUCUGUGCUGUUCUCCUCUUCUAUGUUCCUCUCAUUGGCGUCACCAUGAUCCACAGAUUUGGGAAGCAUUUAUCACCAGUAGUGCACGUGCUCAUGGCCAAUAUCUAUCUGUUACUCCCCCCUGUACUAAACCCCGUUGUCUAUAGUGUGAAGACUAAGCAGAUACGAAGGCGGAUCAUCCGUGUAUUCCAGAGGAGAAAGAACAGGACAUAG